AUGUCCUACAGAAUCGAGUUAUCGCCCAACAACAGGGCCAACUGCAGCGACACGGUGUGCAAGGCGGCCGCCGACAAGUGCACCAAGGGCACUUUGCGCUUCGGUACCUGGUUUGUCCUUCCCCAGUCUGACCAUGGAAGCUGGAAGUGGAAGCACUGGGGCUGCGUAUCCGGCUUCCAGCUCUGCAACGUCCGUGACGCAGUUCAGGAGGAGGAGGGCAAGUUCAACUGGGACCUGCUUGACGGCUAUGACGAGCUGAGUGAUCACCCCGAUCUUCAGGCCAAGAUUCGCCGUUGCGUAGAGCAGGGUCAUAUCGAUCCUGAGGAUUUCAGGGGCGACCCCAAAUUUAACGUCCCUGGCUCAAAGGGCAUUCGCGGUCGUGCUAAGGUCACGAAGCUGAAGGCUGAAGUCGAGGGUGGUGAUGAGGAGGAAGAGGAACAAAAGCCCAAGGCUAAGGCUGCCGCAUCCAAGAAAGGAGCUAAAGGUGGCCGCAAGAAGGCCGGCGCUAAAGAUGACGAGGAGGUUGAGGCAGAGCAGGAAACCGAGGCCCCCAAGAAGAAGGGUCGUGGUCGCAAAAAGGCAGAGGUGGACGAAGAGGAUGAAGAAGCCGAACCGCCCAAGAAAAAAGGUCGUGCCCGCAAGUCCAAUGCCUCGGUUGCUGCCAAAGAGGAGCCCGAGGAGGAGGAGGAGGAGGAGCCAGCCAAGCCGGCUGCUAAGAAGGGCGCCCGCGCCAGCCUAGGCAAAUCCAAAGACACUCCCAUCAAGGGUGAGGUAGAGUCGGAUGAGAAGCCUGUUAAGAACGGCCGUGGCGGACGCAAGUCCAACGCUUCAGUCGUCCCCAAGGAAGAGGAAUCUGACUCGGCACCCGUUGCUGAGCCCAAACAGGCUGCCAAGCGCAAGCGAGGCGUCGCAAAGCAGGCUGAGGCUGAUGAACAAGACGAUGAAAAGCCGGCUCCCGUCAAGAAGGCCCGUGGCCGACCCAGGAAGUCCGAUACUGUUGUCGAACCUGUCAACGAUGAUGAGGCCUCCGAGGUCGAGGAAGACAGCGAGUCCAAGCCUGAGCCAGCUAAACGUGGCCGGAAGCCCAAGGCUGCAGCUGCUGCACCAAAGAAGACGGCAACCAAGGAAAAGACUGACGGCAGAAGGCGGUCUGGCCGUGGUCAGAACAGGUGA